AUGUGGAACAAGAUGAUGUAAAGAAAGAACAAUUAUCUGAUUUUGAAAAAAGAAGCAUCAAUGAUCAUUAUUAUUGUGCUGAUGGUAUUAAUGGUAUUAAUGAUACUACUGAUACUGAUUAUGCUAGUUAUACUGAUGGUAUUAAUAUUGCUAACUGUACUGAUUAUAACAAUGAUGCUAAUGGUACUAAUAGUAUUGAUGAUAUUAUAAGUGCUAAUAGUACUAAUAAUGUUAAUAAUAUUAAUGAUUCUGAUAAUGCUAAUAAUACUAAUAGUGCUAAUAGUACUACUGGUACUGUUAAUGCUAAUGUAUCUAGAAUAUUUUCUUUAUCGUGA